UCUUCUCUCAGACAGAAAACACUCCACUCUACCUUGUGAUGUUUUAUGGUAAUAUAGGACGUUCUGCACUGUGUUUUAAAACUCCAUGCACUUUCCAUACACCUUCACUAGAAUCGUGUGGAUCAUUUUGGCCUUGGAAUUGUCAGUCUCUACUAAAAUAAAGGUAAAGUUUUACUCAAACAUGUGUGAAUGAAACCUAACACCAAAAACUCUAGGUACAGUCUGUUUCUGAUGAGGAAACAACAUUCAUGGUUAAAAGCUCACCAACAGAAUCAAUUUCACGUAACAUAGGACCAUUUAAUCUUCUUUCUUAGCUGCUAAUGCUCGGACUCACAUACUGUACAUGUGCACAUAUAUAUGACCAGUGUUUCUGUGGAGGCUGCAGUGAGCCUGAGUCCAGUCUGUAUGUGAGUGUAACAGUAUAUUUAAGAGUAUGUCUAACAGCAGCAGCCUGUGGCCCGUGCGUCCCUCUCAGAGCUCGCUCCAGCAGCUCUGGGAUCAUCUCCUGCUCCACCACCGGCCGCUCAUCUCGUCUCCGUUCUUCCCUGUCCUUUUGGCCUUCUCCAGCUACGUCUGCUUCAGUCUUCCUUUUGCAGUUAUGGACCUGAUGGGGGAGCGUCUGCCUUAUUUCUACCAGUACAAGAUCCAGCAGGACAGGAAGCCGACUGUAAAAAUGAUGAUGAAGAGCUUCAUGAUGGCGCUGUAUAAUCAUGUCUUUUUUGUUUUGCCAUCUGUGAUCAUUGGGACUUUUAUUCUACCCUCACCCACUCUGCCUCAGGACGCCCCCACACUCUAUGAAGUCUGUGUGGAUGGACUGGCCGCACUUCUUCUUUUUGACACUCAGUAUUAUCUCUGGCACUUUAUGCACCACAAAAACCCACACCUGUACAAGUGGAUCCACGCUGUUCACCAUGAGUACAUAUCUCCGUUCUCUUGGUCGACUGAGCAGCUCAGUAUCCCCGAGCUCCUGACCGUAGGAUUCUGGAGUAACCUGGACCCAAUCCUCCUGCGCUGCCACCCUCUGACCACAUGGUGCGUGACAGUGUUCAGUGUCUGGAUGUCUGUGGAGGAUCACAUCGGGUAUGACCUGCCCUGGACGCUCAAUCGUCUGGUGCCCUGUGGUCUCCUCGGAGGAGCACCGGCUCACGACAUGCACCACCAAAAACCAAACAGCAACUACGCGCCUUUCUUCAGCCACUGGGACCGAGUGUUUGGCACAGCUGUCCCGCUGAAGAGGAAGUUUAAAUGACACUGAUUUAGAUACUUGAAUACUUUUCUGGGGUACAUUCACUUAAUACUUCCUUUGCAAUCGUUCCUUUUUAAAAAAAAUAUAUAGACUGUGGGGGAAAAAAGAAAACUCAAAAAGCUCAGUUGUCUCUUAUGAAUCAAAGCAAAAUGGACAAUUACUUGAACAUUGUGUAUUUUGGUAAUUUAAUUUCU